AUGAAGUUCGCUUUUUGUAUCAUUAUUGGACUUUUGUUAACUUUGGCUUAUGCGGCGGAAGACGAAGAAUGUUAUACAAGAAAUGGAUGUGGAAAAACUCGGAAAAGGAAAUCCAGACUAGCAGAGGAUUAUUGGAUAAAUGUUAACAAAAAAACUGAUACCUGCACAAUGUGCUUAUGCGGUUUAGUGAAGAAACAUACGCAAUCCUGCAUAGUUGUUGAUAAAGCCAAUGACGCUCCACAUAAAAAGAAAGGAAUACUCGGCCGAAUUUAUCACGAAGAAUCAAAACUUCGAUCAGUUCGAAAUCGUAAAAACAUGACUGUGAUUAUUCGAGACGAAGAAAUCGAAUUGACAAAAUCUGAAGCAAAAAAUAUUGAAUGCGGAGAUGAACCUGAACCAAUUUUCAACAACAGGAAAAAGAAAUAUGAAUUUCCUCCUAUGAAAUUCGUUCAUUACCUGUACACCGAGAAAGAGUCAUACUGUUGCCAAAGAAAAGGGCCUGUUAUUGUCAAUAUUCCAACAUCGUGCUACAAAAAAUACGACAGCAAGUGUGAAGCAAGAAUUGUCACGAAAAAGAAUUCAUCAAAACUUUGUGAAUUACCAAAACCAUCUGCAGCACCAGUUGAUAUGAAAGACCCACCAAAUAAACGACAAUAAAAGAAUGCGGAAAAGCAACUGUUGCUUCCUGGCCGUUUAGAGAAAAACAUUAAAAUAGUAAGAAUUGAAAUUGAAAAAUUUUAAAUUAUGAUUCGUUACAUUUUAUCG